UUGUGGGAGGAGCCGUGGUUCGUUGUAGAGUUGCAGCAGUAUCAACAUCCCUUGACAGAGGCUAGCUAUUUAGAGAGCUGUAGAGCUAUCAAGAAUGAAAUGAGCAAAGGGAAAGCAAAACUACAAAAUGAAAUCAUAGAUAGCGAGUUACCCGAAUAUAUUUCUGAACACGGCUAUUUGGAAACGGUGGACUAGGAUGCAUGUCUGUCACCGAUUUACUCAAAGGCAUUAUUGAGGUGAUGCAGCAGCGGCGAAAAAUCGUAACGGACUGCCUCCGGAGGAUAGCUAGCCAGCUUGCUAACAGUAGCUAGCUAGCCAGAUGCCUUUACAGAAAAAGGCGCAGUCUUUAGCAGGCCAACUCUUUUCCUAACCUCAACAUAUCCGAGAAACGUAGCUAGCUAAUAUUACAAUACAAUAUUGCGGGUGCACAAUCGGGUAGCUAAGUUAAUGUUAUUGCUUUUCUCCAUUAGUAAUAGCUAGAUGGCUAGCCAAUCCUGUCAAUUCAGUGGAUGAAUUUGGUAUUCUGUGGAGACGUUGCGCGAUAGACGCAGGCCCGGGUGAGGAAGCUGAUAAAAUACAGGAUAUUGGGAAUAUUCAUACAAAUUAGCAAGACAAGACCAAUUUUUAACCACAUAAUUUAACAGGAACAUAAGUAGCUAGCUAGUUGUCAUUUUAACACUUAUUUUGCUACUAUUGAAAUGGUCAAGGGAGAAUGUAUCUCUGUAUUAGAACCUUGUCGAGGAUGCGACAAUAUCUGAUUAAAAUGUUUCACUAUUUGAAAGCAUAAUAACUGUCCUGUUAAAUGAACUUACAAUAUGUGUUAGUUAGACAUUAACAAAACAUUUCGAGUUGGUUUUGAUUCUGUCGUUGCUUAUCCAGCUCAUAGUGUUCGGAUCACAACCAAAGAACAUGGAUCAGAAUGACAGAAUUUGCACGAAUAAAAAACAUAAAUUCAAUCGUGACCAGUCACUUCACUGAGGGAUCUCAACACUUGAUUUCUGGACACGUACUCGCCCCCGGAAUGAGAUAAUACAGCAUAAGAUAAUACAGCCGUGACAUUUGUCCACCCUGAGUUCAUUUCCACAGUCCAACAUGACCACACCAGCUCUACUGCCACUGUCGGGCCGCAGGAUACCCACCCUGUCACCCGGCGCUGCCUCUUUCCCACACCACAGGGCCACUCUGAGGCUCUCAGAGAAGUUUAUCCUCCUCCUCAUCCUCAGUGCCUUCAUCACUUUAUGCUUUGGGGCUUUCUUCUUCCUCCCGGACAACUCAAAACACAAGCGCUUUGACCUGGGCUUGGAAGAUGUGCUGAUUCCGCAUAUCGAGGCACCCAAGGGGGCUAAGCAUCCUGGUGGACAGGUGGUCAUACAUGGACAGGGGGGCCAUGAUGAACACAGACACAGGGAGGAGGAGGAGAGCCUGCGCGAUAAGAUUCGUGUGGACCACGAGCGUGCGCUGCAGGAAGCCAAGGAGAAGCUGAGGAAGUCCCGGGACGAGCUGCGGGCUGAGAUCCAGACGGAAAAGAGCAAGGUGGUGGAGGACCUAAAGAAGAAGAAGGAGGUGCCCAAGCCCCUGCCCCCUGUCCCCAUGCCCAAGGUGGUGGGGGUCAACGAUGGAGACCCCGUGGAGCCUGACGUCAAGGAAAAACGAGACAAGAUCAGAGAGAUGAUGAAGCAUGCGUGGGACAGCUACAGACAGUACGGAUGGGGACACAACGAGUUGAAACCUCUCGCCAAGAAAGGACAUUCCACCAAUAUCUUUGGUAAUUCCCAGAUGGGGGCGACCAUAGUGGACGCCUUAGACAGCCUGUACAUGAUGGGCCUCCACGACGAGUUCAAGGAUGGACAGGAGUGGAUCGAGCAGAACCUGGACUUCAGUGUGAAUGCUGAGGUAUCUGUCUUCGAGGUCAACAUCCGCUUCACCGGAGGACUGCUGGCCGCCUACUACCUCUCUGGACAGGAGGUGUUUAAGGUGAAGGCGGUCCAGUUGGCUGAGAAGCUGCUCCCAGCCUUCAACACUCCCACAGGCAUCCCCUGGGCCAUGGUCAACCUCAAGAGUGGUGUGGGGCGUAACUGGGGCUGGGCGUCAGCAGGCAGUAGUAUCCUGGCAGAGUUUGGAACACUACACAUGGAGUUUGUCCACCUCACUUACCUCACCGGGAACCCUGCCUACUACCAAAAGGUAAUGCACAUACGGAAGCUGCUGGCCAAAAUGGACCGACCCAACGGGCUCUACCCCAACUAUCUGAACCCUCGCACCGGUCGCUGGGGCCAACACCAUACAUCAGUUGGAGGUCUGGGGGACAGUUUCUAUGAGUACUUGCUGAAGGCCUGGCUCAUGUCAGACAAGACCGACACAGAGGCCCGCAAGACCUACGACGACGCCAUUGAGGCAAUUGAGCGCCACCUGAUCCGUAAGUCCAACGGCGGCCUGACGUUUAUCGGGGAGUGGAAGAAUGGCCACCUGGAGAGGAAGAUGGGUCACCUGACCUGCUUCGCCGGGGGGAUGUUCGCUCUGGGGGCCGACGGCUCACCUGACGACAAGGCUGGACACUACCUACAGCUGGGGGCUGAGAUCGCACACACCUGCCAUGAGUCCUACGACCGCACUGUGUUGAAGCUGGGUCCAGAGGCCUUUAAGUUUGACAGUGGUCUGGAAGCAGUGGCGGUGCGUCAGAAUGAGAAAUACUACAUCCUGAGGCCAGAGGUCAUCGAGACCUACUGGUACAUGUGGAGGUUCACCCAUGACCCCAAGUACAGGCAGUGGGGCUGGGAGGCAGCACAGGCUAUAGAUAAGUACUGCAGGGUCAGCGGGGGGUUCUCCGGGGUCAAGGAUGUCUACUCGUCCAACCCAACCUACGACGACGUUCAGCAGAGCUUCUUCCUGGCCGAGACGCUCAAGUAUCUGUACCUGUUGUUCUCCAGUGAUGACCUGAUGCCUUUGGAGAGCUGGGUGUUCAACACGGAGGCCCACCCCCUGCCGGUACUGCACCUGGCCAACCUCACCCUCCCAGGGAGCCAGGCCCAGCGGUAGAGACCAGGGGUCCUCCAGGGGACCAAUGCGUCCUUGCCUCCCUGCCUCCAUCUCUCCCUCUCACUACUACAGACUGCAGAAGGAGAGAGCUCAGACCAUUGUAGAGUGGAGGGGACUGGAACAAUAGCUCCCUUUCUUAUUCUUUCAUUCUCUCGCUCUCACUUUCUAUAGCUCUCUGCUGAUCAGAAGGACGGUGGGUGCAUUCAGCUUUUGUGAUUGCCCUCGUAAUGUGACUUUUUUUGUCAGGAGGCUUGAUUUGUUUUCACCAAACUGUCUCAUAACGGACGCAUACAGGGGCGAGAGGGUGUAUGGAGUCUGAACGAACAAACAGACAGACUUCUCUGAAGGGAUAUGUAUAUUCCAGACAGAGUCAGACUGACAGUAAAACUGAAGACUAUGCGAUCAGUGGGGUUUGUUGAUUUUUGUUUUUUUCAUUCUAUCUUUUGGACACUGAUUGGCGGGGACACAACAAUGUGACGCUCCUGGUCCGUCUGCCAUUUUCUGUUUACUCUCUUGACCUGGAACUGUAUCAGUGUUGCUUUGUGGAUAGGAGCAACGGCUUAAUGCGUCCCCCUCUGGCACCUUUCUAAAGUGGGCCUGUGAAAUGGAAUUGAUAUCCCUUGCGUUCUCUAUGCUACAUUCGGCCAUUUCUGUUCUUUCUCUAUCAUUCUCUCUUUCCAUCUCUCAUCAUUAGCAGGUGACAUAUUGUAGCUUAGCCUGGCCUCAAAUAAUUUUGUUGCUGCUAUUCAACUGAUGCUGCUUCUCUCUCUCCUCUCAACCUUGUCUUAUCACUCCAUUCCACCUCCAUCUUCUCUUUCUUGUCAUAUUUCUUCACUUCUCCAGUCACUCCUCUUGCCUGGUCAAUUUCUGUUCCUGUCUUUCCAUAAAUCACUAACACUCCACAGGCAAAUUGGACAGGUCUUGAUUUGGCCGUGAUUCUUGUCUGCUGAUAAAAUGGCCCCUGUGGAUAAAUUGUUAUGCACUUUGUUGCUUGGAUUACUGAGAGGGAAAAUGGAGUGAAGUUACAGCACUGUAGGAGCUGAAGACACAAAGCCCUUCAUUUAUUAUCUCUGUGUCUUUGACUCCUUUUAAAAUGACUGACACCGAGGCAUAUUGUUGCUCUAACACUACCACUGAUGGGUAUAGCCUGGAGUUUUUCCUGUUCAGGAACAACUCCCCACCCUACUGAUAGGGUUCUACCUAAACUGUUUCUUGUUCUCAUUCCAAUCACCACUCGCAUAUUAGGACUUGGGUUCCGUCACCUGUGCGAUGAGUAUGUUGAAUGAUAUGCCAUUCAUUCUCUAUGGGCUGUGUUCUUAUUGGACCUUUUGUGUUUCAUAUGAAUGUUGUUUCUGCAACAGUAGAUGGAACGGAAGGAACUCUGCUGUGUUUAGUGAGGAAUCUGUGAUUGGUGCAUUGGAGUGGAUGGGGAUAUACUUUAGGUUUAGGGGACUGAAGGUAACACUGCGAAAUAGAAAUGUACCCUGGAAGAAAUACAAUUUUUGUUGGAAGUAUCAAAUAAUUUAAAGCCUUAUCAAGUGUUGCUAUGUGUGACGCCUUUGGCCAAUACUUUUUUUUAAUGUAUUUUUAUUUUACAAAAUGUUAUUCAUACACAAGCUCAUACACCACAAGCUCAUACACACCACAAGCUCAUACCCCACAAACUCAUACACCAGUUUGCUAGAAACCCAGCUGUCGCUCUAGCAGACCAAUGAUGAUGAAGGAAUAGUAAUGAGGAUAAUGUUGGGGUUGGGCUGAUUACAGAACAACUCCCCUUGCCAAUCGAUAAAGCCAUACUAUAUUUGUGUUGCUGCUUAGCUAAUUGGUUGGUUUCUGUCACUAAUUUCUCAUGUCUUGAAUGAGUACCACCUGGCUGCACCUGUACAACACUUGUCUCACUCUAUUCCUCUUUCACACCCUUUCUACUCAUUCCUAUCCCUCCAGCUUCUAUUCCUCUCUUUCUCCCCUGCUAUUGCUCCCUCAGUCCCCAUCUGUCAGCAGCUGUGUCUCCCUCCUCGUGGUGGUGGCAGUAGCAGCAGCCUACUGGGGUAGAAUGCUUAUGAAGUAUGUUUACCACCUCCACCUCACUCUGACAUCCUCACUCUGACAUCAUCACUGCUUCCUGUCUGGGUAGAAAGCCCAGGCGUUCUUUGGCACCGUCAGUCGCCGGGAGGAUGUUGAUUUUGAAAAAAAGUGUUCCGUAUUUGUAUUUUUACUGAACAAAAAAAGACCUGUAAAUAUGUUUAAAAUGAGACAAUAAAGAUGUUAUGGAAAGUGAACAGAAUAA